AUGAAGUCUGUCAUCGCUGUCGCCGCCCUGGCUGCUGUUGCCUCUGCCGCUCCCACCAAGCGUGCCACUGGCCCUACCGAUGCUGCUAUCCUCAACUACGCUCUGACUCUCGAGCACCUUGAGGACACCUUCUACCGCGAGGGCCUUGCCAACUUCACCGAGGCCGACUUCAAGGCCGCUGGCUUUGCCUCGGACGUCUACGGCCGCAUCAAGACCAUCAGCGGCGACGAGACCACCCACGUCAGCUUCCUGACUGGCGCCCUCACCGCCGCCGGCGCAAAGCCCGUCAAGGAGUGCACCUACGACUUCGGUGUCACCAGCGUGCAGUCGUUCCUCGCCACCGCCUCGAUCCUUGAGGGUGUCGGUGUCAGCGCCUACCUCGGUGCCGCUGCCGACAUCAUGUCCAAGACCUACCUGACCGCUGCUGGCUCCAUCCUGACCGUCGAGGCCCGCCACAGCGCCUACAUCCGCAACGUCAACAAGCAGAGCCCCUUCCCCCAGCCCUUCGACGCUCCUCUCUCUUACGAUGAGGUCUACACCCUCGCUGCUGGCUUCAUCAAGAGCUGCCCCUCUGACAACCCUGCUCUUCCCGUCAAGGCGUUCCCCAGCCUGUCUGCUUCCAGCAAGGACAUGCCCAUCAAGACCGGCUCGACAGUGCUGCUCGGCACCAGCGGCUACAAGAUCGAGGGCACCGUGUACGCGGCCUUCAUCGCCGUCACAGGCCCUACCUUUGUCGAGGCCAAGGCGGUCAACGGCGGCUACGAGGUCGUUAUCCCCGAGGGCUUCGCUGGCCAGAGCUACGUCGUGCUGACCAGCUGCAACACCGCCGCCACCGACGACACCAUCCUCGCCGGCCCUGCCGUCGUCGAGAUCUCCGCUUAG